UCCUUUUUAGUUUUAAUUCUUUUUAAAAAAAAAAAAUAUAUAUAUAUAUAUAUAUAUAUAUAAAGUAAGUAGUUAUUAAAAAUAAAUAUUAAAUGCAUAAACGAUAAUUUGUAUAUGUCCGUACGAAGUUCAAGGUCGAUUCGGUAGGUAACAGUAUUUUAUUACGGAUUUGUUUUCGUUGAAUUUUUUGUUCAGUACAGUUAAUGAGUUGGCAGACAUGUUGUUUUGCUAAAAGAAGGUUUUAGGUUCUAUUUAUGACCACGUUUAAAAAAUAAUCAUUGUUAAAAUUUAGUCAACAUAAAAAAUUAAAGGAUUUGUGUACUCAUAUAGUACAAAUCCAGUAGUUUUUAGACAAACCGGAAACCAAACAGAAUAUUAAAGAGAUGCUAAGGAUUUUGGUAUUAAUGAAUUACCAAAAAAGAAAACAUAAUAAUAAUACCUUCAGAUUGAAAAUGUUCCAUUCAUCUUUGUUGGUUUUUCAUUUUAGACAACUACGUUCAACGCCAUCUAUUGAACAAUAGCUAGAAUUAAUGAUAACAGUUUUGUUAACAUUAUGUAAUAAAAAAUCUAUUCUUUUGUCUGUAUACCAAAUAUAUAUAUCAAUAACAAGAAUUUCGUACAUAAACAGAUAGAAUAUAAUAUAGUAAGUAACAAACAAAGUUAGAAUCUUGACAUUAAAGUCAUAACUAUAAUAUGUUUUUCAGUUUUGGUAGUUUUCUUUUAAAAUUCUUUAGCGGAAUAAAAAUCGAUUUUAUAGUAUAAUUAUUUCUUUCAGAACAACAAUUUUUUUUAGAACACCUUACCUUUUAUUUAUGUAAAUGCAAGAAAAUUUUAAUCUAGAGAAAGUAAACUUGAACAAGUUCAAUCCGAUAGAACUAGAUGGCACCACAAGAGUUCUAAAGCGAAUUCAAUUCAUGCAAAAACCAUGCGUGGAAAGUUUGAAAUUUCGUUACCAUAGAAACGUAAUGCUUCAAAGUCAACGCACAAAGAAUGUUAGACGAGUUGUCGUGUACCAAACAUUUAUUUUAUCAAUAAUUAAUUUAAGCAAUAAAUAAGAGAAUUGUUCAUUUCGAAUAUUAAACAGCGAAUUUAAUGAGAACAGUUGGUAUUUAUUUAUGUGCGAGUAAUUCUGUUGUGUAUAUUAUAUUUUGACCUAUAUUCUGAAGUAUGUCAAGACAUUCAUGAUUUACAAUGAAGACUACAAUAAGAAAAAUCAGCGACAACAAAGUCAAAAGCAAAGCUAAAACUGCUAAAGAUGAUGUUCCUAUGCUAUCGAAGAAAGAGGACAAAGAGAAAUCAACCACUAGUAAAAGUACGCGGAACGCUGUGUCCAAUACACAAAAUACUCUAUCGACGCCAAGAAAUACUCUGUCUACGCCACGCAAUAUAUUGUCGACACCAAGGAAUUACACACAAAAAUCAUCAACAACGGAUAUUUACGUGCAAAAAAAGAAUAUUCAAACCGCGAAAGCACCGAGAAAAUCUACAGGAGCCACAAAUAAAACCAGCAGUCUAUCUCCAAUGAAGGAUUUAUUAAAAUCGUCGUCGUCGUCUGUAAGUCACAGUAAUAGAUUAGAGAAAAAGGUAUCCAAAAAAGAUGAAACAAAGGAAUCUGAUAAAACGGUUAAAAGAACACCUCGAUUAGCAAAAGACUUACCGUAUGCGAACGUCACUGUUAAUUCACCAGCGCCGAAAAAAAAGUUAGAUUUGAAUUUGGAAAGAACGAAUUCAAAAAAUUCCGCGCGCAAUUCUGACAACGAUGAUCGGCAGCGAUCGAAAACGAGGACUCUAAAAGAGGAUGAAGUGAAAGUUUUGACACCAGAAAUAGUUGAUAAUAAUGCUGAAAUGAUAAACUUGUCGCGACGACUGGGCGCUCAACCAAAAGCAUUUUUUGUUGAUUUAGAAGAUGAAAAGAAGCAAUCGAAGGUACAAGCCGACGAAACUAGCGAUGAACAAGUAAGUUACGAAGACGAUUUCGAAAGCUAUGAGUCCGACUUCGAUUCCUACCACAGUGAAUCUAAUUCAACGAGUUCGAACAACGAACAACCAGACAAACACAGUGAUUCAGACAAUAAUACACAAAGUCAGCACGCUGAUGAUGACGACGAUGAUAUAGAUGAUAAAAAUAAUGUAAAAGGUGAUCAAUUUAAACGUAGAAGUCAGAGUGAAAAGAAUAAAUCUGGUGAAAGUGGUAAACGUGGAGACUUAGGACACACUGAAUCUGAAGAUGGCGUCAAAGAUUUAAAAGACGAUGAAAGAAUGCUGGAUUCUGGCAAUUUCGAUUUACGCGAAUCUCAACGCUCCGCGAACCGCGCGAAGCCCGCCGCCAUGGAUUUCAUUCUCGAGGACGGCGAACUGGACGUGAAGACUUCCCUCACAGACGAGGGUUUCCAGGAAAUGAGCAGCUCCAGCGCUGUUUCCAGCAUGAGGACCUUACACGUUGAUGUAUUGGAUAGACCUCUUUUCAUAGACUUUACGAAAAGCAAAGAGAACAAACGUAAACGUCGAAUAUUUGAAAGAUUAAAACAGCGCGCCGAAGAUAUACUUAGUAUGGUAACACUGCAUGAGAUGUCAUAUUCAUUAUUUGAAAUGCAACCUAUAACUUAUGAUGUGUAUAUGGCAACAUUUGGCAGGUCAAAUUAUAUGCAAACUGCUGUUCAAACAUUUGAGGAUGGCAUCACUGAAGAGGUUCAGACUGAGGAGACCGAAUGCGAUGUAAAAUGGACCCAAUGUCCUGUAGAUUUUUCCAACCAUGAUAUUUAUCUCACACAAGAUGUCAAAAAUAGAAAAUACAGUCAAAAUCUUGAGGAUUAUUUAACGAAAUUUACAAUUUUAAUUAAUGAAACAUCGAUUAGAGACGUUAAUGAUAUGAAUGGUAUGGAUGAAAAUUACAAAUUGAAUCCACUGAGGAUUUAUUUGGAGCAGAAAGAUGGCGUCGGUAACGGAAAAAUGUUGCAAUACGACAGUUACAAUUCUAAAUUUAAAAAUAAUGAAUUUAAUGUAAAUAGAUUAAAAAAGUUUAUGAAAAAAGCAGAAAGUAGAAUCAGUCAUGUUUUAACAGCAAACGCUAAUAGCGAAGAAUUGCCUGACAUAGUAAAAACUUCUAAAUAUCCAUUCAGCAAAGGGUUUGUCACAUUGACGAACCAAAAUGUCACAGACGAAAAAAUCUCUUUUAUAAUAAACACAAAAAUUGUAGGCGUUAUAUAUUCGGAAAAUAAAAACAACCUUAUAUUAACUAUUCAUAAGGCAUCAAAUACGACGGCAGACAGGUGUACGGUUUGUUUAUGGAAUUUAAGUGUUGCCAGGCGUGAGCCUGUAAAAAUUUUGACAGCAAUAGACAAUAUUGUUGUUGGUAGAUUUAGAGGUGGUACGGAUGGUGUUUUCGUCGCCGCUUUAGAAGACGGUUCAAUCCACCUCUGGGACCUCUCUGAGGAGCCGAUGUGGCAAAACAGUAUUGCCAGCGAUGAAAAAACUACCAAUUUAGUAGAAAUCAACGCUGGUUCCGCCAUGACGCAAAUAGAGAAAGACAGAGAAUGGAAUUUAAAGAAUAGUCAAGUAGUUUAUAAUGGGGGCAGUGUACCGUAUGCAUUGCAAACAUGUGCGUACACAAGCAGCGCCUGCAACUUGCUGGACAACACGGCAGUCGACCGAGUGGUCGGUCUCGAACUAGAUUGCAGGCAGACGAGUCGCGACGUGGGAAGUAAAUUUAUUGGUCAGGUUUGUGUAUUACAACGAAUAGGAAUAUUGACAAUAUGGUCUAUAAUACAGGAGAAAUUAAAAACUAACUCAGAUAUAGGCAAGGCGUUCUGGUCGAAGAUGAAGUUGCAAAAAAGUCAAACAAUAUCCCUUGUUGAAUACAUAAAUGUUGGUGAACCAUCGAUAAACAGUACAAGUUUUAAUUUAAAUGCAGCUAAGAGACGAGUGUUGUUAAGAAAAAAAGAAAGGACCAGAGACAAAAAGGGUUCCCGCCCAAAAUCAGCUGUCAGUUUUGACAGACCAACCAGUGCUGCUAGUAUAAAGAAAACAAUGUUGCCAAUAGAAAAUAAUUGGGAGAAUGGUAUAGUCUGUAGCGAUUUGAAGAUAAUGAAGUAUAACAAUACGGAUAAUUUUUUAAUUGCCAAAAAUUGCGGGGAGGUGUUGUGUUGUACGAAGAAUGUAGCUGCCGUUAAAGUUAACAGAUUAAGUGUUGCCAGUGAUGCAACAACGGUCACCUGCCUGGAAGUGUCACAACACGGGCUACCAUAUUUCUUGGCGGCCACUGAUGUGGGAACCGUCAACUUGUGUUCAGUGCUUGAUGCGAGAGUUCUACUCACACUUGACACUAGGAAUUAUCCCGAAAGAAAAGAGAUGGAGAAAUAUCAGAGCGACUCCAAAGGUCGCUACGUGGGUAGUGUCACAGUGGAUCCACAUUCAAGCCCCAAAGAUGUACAAAUCCUUCAAGGGAUAUCUGUGAAGUCGGUGUACUGGUCGACGGUCAAUCCGUGCUGUGUGUACACUCUGCUGAGAGAAGGGACACUGGUGUCGUGGGACCUGGCACACAGCGACAUCUACGCGGCCAGUGUCGCCGAGAGGGCCGCGCUCGCUCUCGCGGCCAGUGCUGACACUUUGGCAUUACUUACGCCAGAAGGGGAAGUCCAAAUCCACAGGUUGGUUGGUGACCGCAGCGCAGACAAAUACCUCCAACUUUUCAUGAAAUAUAUUACACUUUUAUAGUGGAUUGAAAUUGUAUAAAUAAAUGUUUUU